AUGUGCACGUUCGGUGUCACUAUUCAUCCAUCACGACUCUUUUUUGUUGGUGAGUCGUCAACCGACAGACGAAUACCGAUUUAUGAUGUCGUUGAACCAAGAACACCGAGACCGGUCAAUCGAAGGUGGAGCAAUCAAAAAGUCAAUCGAGGUUUGGCUGUCGUUAUUGACAAAUUAAAAAAAGCGACUGAUGGAGCAGAAGUUGAAUGGCUUAUGGUUAUGGAUGAUGACACAUUUGUUUCACCAUCGAACUUAGAAUUGUUGCUAUUAGAUUAUGAUCAUCAACAGCCACUAAUGAUUGGUCAAGUCUGUCAAGAUCGAUUUUGUGGUGGAGCAGGUUAUAUCUUUUCUAGAGCUUUAUUCGAAAAACUUUCUCCUUUCAUAAUAUCAUGCCACCGAACACCGCAUGAUCCGUACAGUGAUGUUUCUGUUCCUCGUUGUAUUACUGCUAAAACUGGAGUUCAGCCGACUGAUAGAAAAGAGUUCAAUAGUCAACCACCACAAUUCUAUACUUCGCCAACAGGAUUAGAUGAUCGACCACAAGGAUACGGCAGAGCGCUUCCUGAAAAAGAAGGAUUUGAAAAGAAGUUAAAAGAAAUUGAAAAUCUAUACUCAUCGAUAAUGAUGAAACCUGAUCUAAGUGAAAAUGAUCUUGAAAAUACAUCAUCAGGAUUUUCCAACCAUCGAACAAGUGAGUAA